UCUCCUCAUUCCCGCCAUCAAAACCCUCUUUUUUUACUCAUUUCCGAUUCUCUUAUAUAACAAACACACUCCUUUUCUUUCUCAUCAAUCUCAUCCACACUUCACCAUUAUUCACACCCUAACCCAACUCAAAAACAAUGGUUCUCCCUUUCGAACCCUCAAAGCCCGUCAGAUUCUACGGCUCAAGCCUUCCCCGUCCCCGAAUCCACGUCAACUCAGACGGCAGCGACCGUGUAGAUCCUCCUCUCUCCGUCACCGGCCCACUGAUGUCCUGGGCCGAAGAAGCCCACUGGUCCAUGGGCGGGCUCAGCUUCAAACGCCUCCGUCUCAUGGGUAAAAUCGAAGGCAACGUUGAAAAACUCCGUACUCAACGCGAGAAAGAAUUCAACGCUUAUUCUCUUGCUCAUACCAAGAGCCCUAGCUCCGAUCUUCGCAGAUCUAAGGGUUCUCCUUCUCCUUCACGUUCACGUUCACCACCGCCUGCUCCUUUUGCUUCAAAGCGUCGUAGACUUGAAACUCUUCUUGAGGAGGAAGAAGAGGAGGAGGUCAGGGUUUCGAGUCCUGUGACUCGUGGAAGGCGUUUGGUGAAGAAGCUUGGUGAUGAUUUCGAUCGAGUCGCUUCUCCUGAGAAGAAACGUGCUGCUGAGGUGGUUGUUGCUGAUUCGGUGGAUGCUCCGGUGAAGACUCGGAGUCGGAGAUUGGUUAAAAUUGGUGAGGCUGUGAAGAAGGUUGUUGAAGAAAAAAAGAAAUUGAAAAAGAAGGUCUCUGAAGAGGAAGAGAAAAGCCCUGUUUCUGGAAUUAGGGUUUCUCCUAGAUUGGCUAAGACUAGGUCUAAUUAGGGUUUUGUAAUAUAAUAAAUUGUGUUUUAACUCUUUUAUUUUCAGUCUAAUUUUCGUUUCUUUUCUGUUUCUUGUUAGAUUUUGUAGAUCUGGGUUUGUAUGUGAAUCAAGAAAAUGAAAAUAGAUUCUCUUUGAAA